GUGCGGAUAUCGAACAAUCAAUGUGCACUGAGUGCACGGCGCUGCAGGUACGAGGAGAUAAUAAUAAAAGAGGGGAGUAUUUAUUUAUAGAAUAUCGUAAUCGGAGACUGAAAAUGUGAAAUUGUUUAUGGCGGAUUAGUUUGUAUUCGUAUUCUGUGUUCGUUCGUUGUCGUUAUGGAUGAUGGUGAGCGAGAGCACGUACAGAACUGGUUGCUCGCUGAGGACAACGCGCGCAUCGUUCUACUCACUGUCUCUUCUUUCGCCCUCGCUGUUGCAUCCAUCCUCCUCUGGCGGGCAAAGCACGCGGAGAACAAUCCCGGGAACGACCACGAACCUGAUUCACAGCGAGCUCGUUCUGCUCAAUCCAUCAUCACCGCCGCUCUCUCCACCUUUCAUAUCGCAAGUAACACUCCUGGUGAGUGUGAUAUGACCGAACCGGAACAACCGAACACUCCUGAAGCAUCAUCUACAUCUGUCGACAUGGAGCAGAAAGCUUCUCGGUCCAAGGAGCGACGUAGAAGAGGAAAAAUUCCGUAUAAGGAACUUUUCAAGGGCGGGAAGAAGGCAAAGUCUACACCCAAGACCACACAGCCUAAAACACCCGUUCACCGAGACAACAGCGGUAGCGAAUCUCCAAUGUUCGAGUCAGAGUUCAAGUUAACCACAAAUAACGAUAAUAUCGCGCCAGUCGCGCCAUCUACUUCUCGUUUAUCUUCACCUACUCCAGACCCUCCUGAAGAGAAUCUGGUAUCCCAUCCGAGUGUAGAAUCACCACCAGCAGUUGAACCCCACGAGGACCGCCUGCUACCUGCUUGCGUGUCGGCAUCCAGUUCUGAGCCAGCAUCCAUUUCGCGUCACGUCACGUCCAAUAAACCCGCCAUGCGUACUUCACGCUCUGAAUAUACGCACCCCCAUGACACCGCUGACAACAUCCAACCUGCUGGCAGCCCCUGUCACGACGAUCCCGCCCCCUCCAUGCUAGAAUCAUCUCCAUCAACCACCUCCACAGAAGACCACGACAGUCAUGAACGUGCAUCCUCAUCCACUUCUUACCCUCAAUCUCGUUCUAUGCCACUCCGCGUAUCUACAUCUACCCACGGGUUGGAUUUGGACGAACAAUCACAGGCAUACAGGGCAUGCGUUCACACCAAGCCACGAUUAAUGUCCAAGCACCGUGGAGCUAACAAGUCCAAUGGGAGUCGCGUAAUUUCAACCUCCAUCUCGCACAAUACCCCCUUGACAUCGUCAUCUGCUUCUCACUGUACUUCUCCCGCACCAAUUACGUCAUCCACCUCUGCAUCCGCAUCCAAAUCCCCGUUACACCCAAAUCUGGGAUCGAGUAUUGAACCUCCAUCUCCCUCCAGUUCUUCCCCUCAACUUCCUCCUUCACCAACACUUUCACAUGUCACAUUUCCUACUUUGAACCCUCUUCAGGCGUCUCCUAAUGAUCACACCCAUACCCACUCGAGCACAAUCGAAAGUCCUGUUAUGAAUGGAAAGAAAGUUGCAGGUCCACCAAUACCAACUGCUUCACGAGGCUCGACGCCUCCACCAGGAGUAUCUGUUCAUACUGCUCACAUAAGCUUGCAUACUGGCCCAUUAAGUGCUCAAACCCAGCUCGCAUCUAUGCGUGGUGCACUUGAGGCUGCGAGACUACGAGAAGAGAAAGCUCGUGCGGAGGCUGAACGCGUGGGGAAGGAAAAUGAAGAGUUAAAGUGGCGAUGGAAUGAGGAUACAAUGACUUGGAGGAGGAGAGAAGGCGAGCUACAAGCCCAAGUCCAUCAUCUCAUGCAGCAGCUUCAGGCAGCAUAUUCUGUCCUUGCAACCUUGCAAUCCCAGGCACAAGCCCAAUCUCCCUCAUCGUCUUACUCCUCUCCCACAUCGCCUUCCCUACGCCUGCAACCACACAGUCCCAAUAUCUCUCACAACGGCCUUCCCCCAAAUUUCAGUCACAAUCCGCCCGCACACGUUCAAGCACUCCUUGCAUCGUCCUACCACCUAUACCCCAGCUUUCCAGGUACUUAUGGAGGUGCAGGGAUGUCGCCUUUAUUCUCCGGUCUGGGAAUGGCCAUGAGUCCAGGAAGCAACGUGAAGAACGGCGGUGGCAGGGGGCAACAUACCCCUGAUACGAUUUCCUCGGCGGGGUCGUCGCCAUCACGUGGGAGGCGACGACGGCGCGAUUCGGCAUCUUCGUCUGCUCAAAGGAAUAAUAGUGAAGACACGAACAUCAGCGAAGUAGAGGAAGACCAGGAAGACAUAUGGCAAAAUAGUAUAUUGGCCGAUGCGAUUCUAAAGCGCCCUGAAAGCUUGCGCGUGUCCAGUCGAGGAAGUCUUCGAUCUGAUGGACGCAUGAGCGCUAUAGGGAGCGGGACGAGUGGGAAAGAGGACGCAGGACGUGUGCCUAGCAGGAUGAGCGAGAGAUCAGAUGCUUCUGCAAGCGGAGGCAGUUAUGGGGUGCUGAGUAUGUCGAGCCUGUCAUCGGGUAAGAGCGAAGACGAGACCAGUGGCGUCAUCGCAGAGGGCGAUUCUACUCUGGCAGAAGUGACCCGAGGUACUAAAGCUGACGGCGAGGGAACGUCAGAUCCUGACGUACCUACGCAAGACAGCUCGUUUUGGAGUCCAACCCCAGCUCCUGUGAAAGGCGUUCAAUAACCACCACAGGUCGGAUUUUGACUUAUAGCGUAUUGUUUCCUCCUUCUGCACCCCCACGUUUUCUUCCACCACUUUCGUUACUUUUAUACGAUACGAUCGAUCCAUGGGGACUUGGAAUUUGGAUGUCGAGUCUGUAUAAUGUAUAUCUUCAGAUUAUUGUCUAAUACACGUUGCAUGGUUGAGCCUUCGGUUGCGUCUGAGGUUCUGGAAUCUGGACGGACUUCUCUUUCAAAGCUUCAGACACUACCAUGGACGACCCCACGCAUACCACACAUGAAUUUCCCCCAUUCUACUUCCUCGGUUUCCAGGAAUAUCAUACGGAAA